UGUUUCCUGUUUCUUCUCUGGUUCUAUUAGGUCUGUUCCAAGUAAUUGAAGUAACACGUCGCCUAUCAUCUUUAAUUCCCUUAUACAUUUGAUUACACUUCGAUCGUUCAUUUUAUUAUCUAUUGCACAUACUGCAUCCCUAUAAGCCUGUGAAUCUUUUUCUGUACCUGUAACGUUAAUCCUAAAAAGCUACCGGUUUAAUGGCAUCUUCAAUAGCGAUAAUUGGAUUGGAUAUAAGACAAAAAAGUGUAAAGUCAAGACAAAAAUAAAAAUUCAUCUAUUCAAUUCUUACGUACAUUCUAAUAAUAACUGGAUAUCUAUUUUGACGUAAACAAUUCUUUUUUUGUAAUUAUAUAAAUGUACGUCUUUAUUUUUCUUUUUUCUUGAUUGUUUUUUUAUUUUUUGUUGAGGGAAUGCAUGACGAAUUCAGACAGACAUAAAUUCACUCACUCACUCACUCAAUGUCUGUCAGUCAAUCAGUCACUCGGAAAUGUACCAGCUAAACUAACUACUAAAACUUCAAUACAGACACAAAACAGUUUCACUUUUACUUUUUUUUAUUUAUUUAUUUUAUCUAUUUUUUUCUUAUAUUUAUUAUUAUUAAUAUUAUUAAUAUUUAGUAUUUGUGGUUAAUUUUUGGUAGUAUUAUAUGAAUGUAUCAGCAUAGCUAAAUCAGAAAACAAUGAUUUAUUAGUUACACAUAAUGAGAUGAGGAGUAAGACACUGAAUGGAUGGCUGAGAACAGAGCGAAAGACAGUUGUAGAUGAUCUCUACAGCAUACCUAUAAGUAAAGAAAGUGAAAUAUCUGUGAGAGGGGGUCGCCCAUGUUAUUAUUAUUUUUAUUUUCAUCUGUUUCAAAAACAAUUACGAAAUCUCUUUCAUCAUCACCCUUCCACCCCCCGACCCAUUUAACUUCGCUAUGGAUGUCAGUUCGAGACCAUUCAUUUCAGCUGAUACUGUUGGCGACGGCGAAGAUGCAUUUUGUGAAAUGUUUUAUUUUUAUAUCUUUCAAUUUACCUACCAAUUACUGCCACUGGUUCAUCUGCUACAACUUCUAGUUUUAAACUUAGUUAUGCAACUACUGUUUAUGCUUCUGCUGCCGCUUCUGCUCCCUUUCUUAAAAUAAUUUUCAUAUUCUCUUUUCAUCUUUUAGCGCUAAAAAGAAUUCCGUACUUUAUAAAACCUUAACCAUAUUCCAGUUUUCCUUAUACUAAAUUUUAAGGUUUCCAAAUAAUUUAAACUAUUAAGUUAUAGUUUAAAAAAAGUUUAAACUGAAACCAAAGUAUUCUAUGACGACGAAGGGUAAGAGGGGGCGAAUUAAGUUAUGACGAAUGAUUUUACGUACCCCUACCCAAUUUGUUAAGUUUAAAAAUAAUAUCAAAUGGUUAUCAUAAAUUAAAUUAUUUUUAAAAUUAAAAUUAAAAUUAGCGUCAAAAUUAACUCAUUGUGAUUUUAUGAUUGUGAUUUUAUGAUUCAAAGUUUAGGUACACACAUUGUACUUUAAUUAAUUAAUACGUAUAUACCCUUAGAAAGCUAAAAUUUGAUUUUUUUUUUAUUAAUUAAUUUAUUACAACUUUAUUUUUGUACUCCUUAAAAUCCCCUAUAUUACCCACCCACUAAAGAUCAGAACCUUAAUACUUUUUUUAGUAUAUGAUUUCAAUCCUUUGUAACCUAUAUAAAGUUACGGUACGUGGUUAAGUUUUUUUAGUUUCAUUGCAUUGUAGUGAAUGAUAGCUAAAACUACUAAAUCCCCAUUAGUUCAUCAUCGGUGUUAUGUUUUUAUUGUAUUUUUAAAUAUUAUUAUUUUUAACAGCAAAAAAAACGAUUACCUCCUCCUCCUUUUAUGAAUCUGCCCCUCGCUCGUAGUGGUAAAUUUCCAUCGCAAGAGAUUUAGUUAUGGGGAGACACUAGCGAUGAGUUUAGUGGGCGAGUUAGCGGGAAAAAAGGGAAAAAAACAACACUAAACGACAUAUAGUUAGAUUUAUAUAGUGAGCCAUGAAAUGGAAAAGUGGAAUAAAAAUAAAUUGAGAGCUGAUUUUGAACCUGAAGCCAAAAAAAGUAAAUAAAUAAAAAAAAAAAACGACAAAACUGA